AUGACGUUCGGGCCACUUCUGCUCCUGACCUACUGCCCCAACCAAGUCACCAGGGUAGCGGUUGCCAUAGAGACGCUGGACCGCAAUGACAACGCCCCCGAACUGGACCGACAAUACAACACGGCCGUGUGCGACUCCAGCGCUGCUGGACAGGUGGUGCAGGUGAUUCGAGCGACGGAUAAAGACCAAAGCAGCCACAACUCUCCUAUCCACUUCAGCAUUCCCGCAGAGUCCAGCAGCGUGCUCAACUUCUCCAUCAGAGAGCGGGGAGACCACACGGCGAGUCUGGUGCUCUUGUCGUCCCUGAAGGCUCUUCCUCGCUCUUCCUCUUUGCCUACCCUAAAAAUACCCAUAAUGCUCCGUGACGGUGCGUCAGACUUCAGCAGCACAGGAACGAUUACCGUUACGGUGUGUCCAUGCCAAAACGGAGGCAUGUGGGCAGAAGAACGAAAACAACAAAUGGACGAGAAGGAUAAAGCGUCUGUGCCGGACUGGGAGAGGCAGGCGUCGUGUUUGCCUUCACCGUCAAACUCCCCGCUGCUGGGCGUCAGCUCGGCCGCCAUGCUGGCCAUCCUGGCCUGUGCGUCCACUCUGCUGGUGGUGGCGGCGCUCUCGCUAUCGUUGCGAAGGCAGAAACGGGACACUCAGUCUCCUGUGGAGGAUGAUGAGAUCAGGGAGAACAUUAUCACGUAUGACGACGAGGGAGGCGGCGAGGCAGACACGGCCGCUUUCGAUAUCGCGACCCUGAAGAGCGCCCCCCAGAGCAUGUGCAGGGCACAGCGGCUUCAGGACAGCAAGAAUAUGUAUUCUCAGGAUAACUUGGACAGCAUCAGAACCUUCAGUUGGAGUCAGGGUUUGGGUUUUGACCCACGUCGUCCCGUCUCUGCACCCCUCUACGGACGGUACUGCUACAGCAUCCAGACCCUUCCAGCUUCGAGAAACAGACUUGGCCCAUUCAACUCCAGGCUGGAUCUCGCCAAACUGGCAUACAUUCUUCCCGGCAGCCAAGGCCAGGCAGGCGGCCCUUUAGAAUCCGGUUCUGUAUUUAUUGGCAAGAGCAGGGAUGGAUCAGAACAUAAAAGAGCAGACGGAUCCACCGACAGCAUUCCGAAAGAGAGCGAGACAGGAAGUGAGGUCAUCUCUGAGAGCCACACACUCAGCCGGGAUCAGUCUGUGCAUUCGGACCAGGUUCUGUUCCUC